AUGCUAGCAAAGCGCAUUCUCCCAGUCGCUUUGCUUUCCGUCCUUGCGGUGUCUUCUCCAGUCGAACGAGACACCAAAGACUCUGCCCCUCUCCUGACUGCCAUUUCAAACGACCCAGACCUUUCCGUCUUCUACAGCCUCAUCAAGAGCACGGGUGGUAGCAGCGGCAUUCCUGGUCCGCAAUUUGAAGAGCGCUUCAACAAUCUCACUGAUGGACGCAAGUACACAACAUUUGCACCCGUCAACUCGUUUAUCCUGCGAAGCCACAUCGCACAAGGAUCGAUCACUACGGAAGAUGUCAAGACUUCGGGUAAACCUGUCACAGCCAUCGAAGGCACACCUCUUUCGUUCAGCUCGGCGGGAGAGACCGUCUCAGUCAACAAGCAAGCCAACCUAGUCUCCGAUUCCAGAACCGAAGUCGGGAACGGAGCCAUCUUCAAAAUCACAUCAGUCCUCGAUUCCUUCGCUGGACUUUACGGGGCCGACGAUUUCAACAACACUACAUCUACCUCAUCCCCACCAUCUCAGAACGAAGGCACCAUUGCAUCAGCCCUAGCUACGCAAAAAGACCUAUCGACAUACGUAGAGCUCCUAAACGCGACAUCUCCCGAUUUCGUCUACCUUCUCGACGCAUCUCUCGCCCAAGGCAAGAACCUCUCCAUCUUCGCGCCCAGCAACGCCGCACUCGCGGCUCUGGGUCAAAGCGCAAAGGCUCUUCAGCCAAGCAACAACGCGCUGUCUUCUUACUUGCUCAAGUACCCUUGCAUCGACACGACAUCGACCGGCCAGGAGAAGUCCAUCGUUGGAUUCCCCGCGACCGUCCGAAGGGACAGCAAAGGCACUAUCACGAGCGUCAACAACGCUGCUGUUAAAGGCGAAGCUUACUGCGUCCCUGGCGCAUGCAUUUACACCGUCGACAAGUGGUUGGACCCCCUCUUCGGUGCUCUCAGCUCCGGAAACUCUUCGUCGGCGUCAUCUUCAGGAGGGCCGGGUAUUGUUGAACACAGCGGUAGCAGCUCUUUCACGCAUUGCUGCUAG